UCCCGCCGAUCCGUGCGUCCGCGUGCAUUGUUGUUGUUGUUGCUCGCGGUCCUAACCGCGACCGUACUGUAGAUUACCAUGAUAUAAUAUAAUAAAAUAAUAUAUUGUUGGUGAUAUUUAAAUACACAUGUGAUGAUCCUUUUCUCUCGUUAAAAUUGUGUUUUUUUUUCAUUUCUAAGUGUAAUAUUCAUAUUAUUUAUGUACAGUGCGCCGCAAAAGUGCCGUUUUAUUUGUUUUUCUAUUUAAAUUUUUUUAAUUGUGUUAAAUGUUAAAGUAUAACAGWUAAUAUUAUCAUAAUAGUGUUUCGCAGCUACUUAAUUAAUUAUACUUAACAGCCCGCUAAUUAGUCGUUUUUAAAAAAAUAUAUAAUUUAAAAGGUCUAAAGACAUUAUAUUGUUUGGACGAAACAAACAACUAAAUGACUGCUGCUGUGAAGAAUGAUAUAAUUUGAAUAUUGGAGCACUGGAGAAGCAUAUUUUUGUGUUAUAUAUAUAACUAUAUAUAAGUGCACAUGUCGCCGUACAGCAGGGAACACCACACGGCUGUCGUCRCGCCCGUUUCAGCGGCUUCGCCAGUAAUCGAAGAGUUUGGCGUUAACAAGAAAGAUGACGCCGCCGCAGCCGCCGCUUGUGGACUGCCGGCUUACCACCGUAAGUACUCAGAGUCCGGAAAACCCGCUGCCGGAUAUACCAAUGGGUUCUCUUUGCUCCGUCGUCUAUUGCGUUGGUGGUUCGCCCGCUUUGGUCAGAAGCCACUGGUUAAAAAAGGUGUAUUGGAGAUGAGCGCUGCAACCGAAAGUGGUAUCCGGUUGAGCGGACAUACUCUAGACAAAGCGACCAAGGCUAAAGUCACCCUUGAGAAUUACUACAGCAAUCUGAUCGCUCAGCACAUUGAACGGAAACAGAGGUUGGCAAAACUUGAAGAAACAUUGAAGGAUGAAAGUCUGUCAGAACAACAGAAACAGGAAAAACGCCAGCAACAUGCGCAAAAAGAAUCGGAAUUUCUAAGGCUCAAGAGAUCGAGGCUGGGAGUAGAGGAUUUCGAACCGUUAAAGGUCAUUGGCCGAGGUGCUUUUGGAGAGGUGAGACUGGUUCAAAAGAAAGACACUGGUCAUAUUUACGCCAUGAAAAUCCUACGCAAAGCCGACAUGCUUGAAAAGGAACAAGUGGCACACGUCCGUGCAGAAAGGGAUGUGCUCGUCGAAGCUGAUCACCAGUGGGUCGUUAAAAUGUACUAUAGUUUUCAGGAUCCAAUAAACCUUUACCUUAUAAUGGAGUUCCUGCCUGGUGGUGACAUGAUGACGCUACUCAUGAAAAAAGAUACACUCAGCGAGGAGUGUACGCAAUUUUACAUCGCAGAAACUGCGUUGGCUAUUGAUUCUAUACACAAACUCGGAUUUAUACACAGGGAUAUUAAACCCGACAAUCUACUACUAGACGCUAGGGGCCACAUAAAACUGUCCGAUUUCGGAUUGUGUACCGGCCUGAAAAAGUCGCACCGGACGGAUUUCUACAGAGACCUGAGCCAGGCUAAACCGUCGGAUUUCAGUUUUUUCUGUUCGCCAGCAUCGAGUCCGAUGGACAGCAAACGGCGUGCGGAGAGCUGGAAGAGAAAUCGCCGGGCGCUGGCCUACAGCACAGUCGGCACGCCGGAUUACAUUGCACCCGAAGUAUUCCUCCAGACCGGUUACGGUCCUGCGUGUGAUUGGUGGAGCGUCGGUGUCAUCAUGUACGAAAUGCUAAUCGGAUAYCCGCCGUUCUGCAGCGAAAAUCCUCAGGAAACGUACAGGAAGGUUAUGAAUUGGCGGGAGACGCUGAGCUUCCCGGCUGAAGUGCCAAUCAGUGAGGAGGCGCGCGACGCCAUCACCCGAUUCUGUUGUGAAUCUGACCGCCGUCUUGGCUACAGCGGACGCGGCAUUGACGACCUCCGUUCAACGAUAGCGUUCUUCCGUGGCGUCGACUGGGAACAUAUCAGAGAACGGCCGGCCGCCAUACCCGUCCAGGUCAAGUCCAUCGACGACACUUCCAACUUUGACGACUUCCCGGACGUCAAGCUUGAAAUACCGUCGGCACCGAUAUCGCAAGACGGUGAAGUGAUCUACAAAGACUGGGUGUUCAUCAACUACACGUUUAAGCGGUUCGAAGGACUAACUCAGCGGGGCAUAGCUACCAAAAAGUGAUUUUAAACAUCGUUAACGAUAGUGCAAUGUGAUAUUUUUAUCUAACCUCCUACGCUUUCCUUCUUCUCCCCACCAAACAACCACCCCUAUAUUCCUCCUCCCAAAACACUCUACCCCAUCCACUCCAACCCAUACCCUACAAAUCAUCUACCAUCCCUAUCACCAUUAGUUGGCAUGCAGAAUUUAUGAUCUCAAGAAGAAAAGUGUUUUCUUCUCAGCGAUGAAAAGAAACCCAACUGAAGACUACAAAGACCAAAUUUUUUUUUAAAUAUAUAUAUAUACAUAUUUGAUAACCCGUGUGGUCGAUGAUGAUGCAUAGUCGUUAUCUCCAUGCACCAUCAAACAUAUACAAAACAAAUAUAUGUAUGGUGUAGCGUUAAAUUUGAAUGUUCUUAACAUGUUACUUGAUAUUAUUUUUGCACACUAAAAUUAUCUCUUAAGCUUCAUCUAGUCAACUCMUUCGUUUUUUUUUUCUUUCUCUCGAACAAUUCGAAAUUUUAAACUAUAAACACGUUAGGUAAUGUCUUAUUUAUCGUAACACUUUCGGCAAAAAUAUUAAACAAAUAAUAAUAUUAAUUAAUGUGAGAUAGGUGACAAACGUUAUAGCGUUUACAUAAUUUUAUCGGUGUAUAUAUAUUUACAGUUCACACAUUACCAUACCACUGAAUUGAUCACCGGUGUGCAUACAUAUAUAAUUGUGUUAUACUAUUCGUGUACAUAGUCUGGUGCACUGGCCGCUGGUGCUCAGGCGCGGUCAUUCCACAACCGCCUGCGGGGAAUGCGAACGUCUAUAAAUAUUGUCCUAGUGCACAUCAUCGUCAGAAAGGACGUCGAACGUUCCGAACAAUAUAUUAUAUAUAUUUUAGUAAAACCGUUCGAGUCUUGCCCUUUGAUGAGUGUAAGAAAACAUUUUUUUUUUUUUUUUAAAGCUGAUUAUUAUGCACUUUUAGCAUGUUCCUAUAAACUAUAGGUAGUGGUAGCCAAUGAAUAAUUAAUUAAUCAUCGGAUGACAAAGCCGAAAGCGAUUGACCCCGGGACAGGUUAGACUUAAGAUUUGUUUUGAUUAUUAUUAAUUUCUCGAUCUGAAUUUUGUUUGUUUACGCGUAGACGUUAGUUUUAACAGUUGUGAUAUUCGCAAAGUUAAUUAUUAUUGUUUGUUCGUAAUUUUUUAUGAUAAUUAUUAUUAUUAUUAUUAUUAUUAUUACUAUUAAUUUAUUAUUAUUACUAUUAUUAUUACUACGAACAUGACGCUGUUUAUAGUUUUUUAUGUGGCGGUUUUGUAUAAUCGUAAAACCGUUGUCUUCUCAA